AUGUUACAUCCAAACCAACGUAGCGGCUUACACAGCGCCUCGAGUGGAGUUCGCGCUUCGUCGCAAUGGCGGCGGAGGGACGUCGCAGCAGCGGCGACCUUCGCGUCGCCGGAAUCUACGGCUCGCUCUGCUUCUACCUCUGGCUCUCCUGUGCAUAUCCGCGUUGCACGGCGCAUCAGCCGGGAGGAGAACGAAGAACAAUCCUCCGCCGCUGCCCCCACCCCCGCCACCCCCACCGCCUCCCCCGCCACCUGGAACUUCGACGUUCUCCACCGUUCUCCACCGUCGACGUCAACCUCUCUUUCGUUGGCGUCAGCAGUCACUGGCCGUCUCCUCACCACCUCUACCUCCCAAGUAUCUCUCCCUCGCGCCCCGCGUGUCCCUUUCGAGUCAAAGUUUCCAUUCCCUCCCCCUCCCUUCCCCCAAUCUCCCAUCUCCCCCCUCUUCCCCCUCCCUCCCUUUCCCCCCCAACCCCCCUCCCGCGCCGCAGACUGCUCGUUCGCGGAAUCCCUUUCCGACUUCGCGCUCUCUGGGGAUGCGCUCAGUGCGACGUACAAAGCUUGCCCCGCCGUCACCCUCACCUCCGACGCCGCGUUGCUGGCGGGCGGCGCGCUCAACCCCUCCGCCAUCGUCCUCACCGACCGUGCCUCCUCCGCCGGCGGCGGUUGCGCGCCGCUGGCGUUCUCCGCGUCGUUCGCGUUCGCGGUAGCGUCCGCGAAGAACGGCGUGGCGAAGGCGGGGCAAGGGGUGACUUUCUUCGUGACGGCGAACGCGGCGUGGGAGGCUGGCAGCGACAGCGGGUUCCUCGGGUGGGGCGAGACGGGCGACUCGCCGAGCUUCGCGGUGGAGUUCGACACGUUUAAAGACCCAUGGGACAAGGUCACCCCACACAUCGGGUUCAACCUCAACGCGUCCGUCCAAUCAGUGGCCGCCAGCAAGGCAGCCAUUACCGCGCUCAAAGACGCGAAAAUCAAAUACGUCUGGAUCGACUACACCCCAAUGACGAAACAACUCUCCGUCUUCCUCAACACCGCCAAGAGCCGACCCGCUAAGAACACCUUCGUUACAAGCUUCGACCCUUGCGCACUUUUUAAAGCUUCGCAAAACGACCCCAACAGUGACACGCCGUUGUACAUGGGGUUCAGCGCGAGCACGGGCGCAAAGUACUUCUCCGCGCACACGCUCCUUGGCUUCGACGUCACCGCCUCCGCCGCCCCUGCGCAGACCGGGGGCGGAGAGGGCGGAGCGGGCGGAGGGGGCGGAGCGGGCGGCGAGGGCGGUGGCAGUAGUGGCGGCGGGAAUGUUACUGAGGGGGGAGGAGGUGGCGUUAGUGGCGGUGGGAAUGUUACCGGCGGUGGCGGCGGUGGCGCUAGUGGCGGCGGGAAUGUUACUGGAGGGGGAGGAGGGGGAGCGGGAGGGCCAUCGGGCGAUCCGACUGACCCGCCAAACUACUUCCCCAGUGAGUACCGACCCCGCGUGAGCGCGCAUCGGCGAUCGCUAUCUGGGAAGGCUGCCCGUCCCGCGCAACGAGUCGCGGCCCAUGCUGAACAAAUGGUUCCACUACGCGUCCGUGUCGCUGCCGAAGCUGAACGCCUGGUGUCGGAUCCUUCGCACUACGUGCAGCAGACAUUUAAAUGUGUACCCCCCACUCCCCCCCACCCCACCUCAGCGCGCAUCGGCGACCGCUCCCUGGGAGGCCUGCCAAUCCCGCGCAACGAGUCGCGGCCCAUGCUGAACAAGUGGUUCCACUACGCGUCCGUGUCGCUGAAAAUCCAGCGCAGCAACAACACGGCCAACUGGGCGCUCAAGGAGCACAGCAACGUCGACUGGCGCGCCAACCUCUCGGCUGUCGUCGACCAGGACUCGCCCAGCCUCUGCAGUUCCUGCUGGGCGUUCGCAGCAGCAUCAGCGAUCGACGGCGCGCUACUUGGUUACCACAUCAACCCGCCGCAGCGCGUGUCGGUGCAGCAGAUGCUGACGUGCGGAGUAGACGACUGCGACGGCGGGUUCACAACGGACGCGUUUGAAUAUGCAAUCGCGAAUCCGCUUGUGUCCGCCGCGGCUUAUCCGUACAUGGCGAAUGACAGCACCACGUGUAACAAGAGCGUUAUCCAGGCGAGCCCAGGCGUGGCCAUGGUGAGGUUCUACGAGCGCGCGAGCCUGCUGGGGCCUAUUGGGCUCAUGCUCGCGCUGCAGUUCCAACCUGUCGUCGUGCACGUGGAGGCUGACCAGGACUGCUUUCUUAAUUACAACGGGACGAGCAUUCUGGAGGAUAAGACGUGCUUUGCCAACCGCAUGGUGAACCAUGUGGUGGUGCUGGUGGGGUAUCACCUGGAGGACCAGGGCCAGCCGGGCAGCUACUUCAUUCUGCGCAACAGCUGGGGCACCACGUGGGGCGAUAAUGGCCACAUGCGCAUCGGGUUUGACCGCUCGCCCUUUGGCUACUGCGGCAUGUGGAGCGAACCGGGCUACUACCCCAUGCUGCCUGCUGUCCCCGGCAAGUGGUGCGCCGGUUUCCCCUGCGGAGCAGGCAAGUGUUUCGACCCGCCUCAGCAGCAGCAGGCGCCCAAGCCGGGGGAGAAGCCGAAGCAGUACUCGUGCGACUGCACCAACCAGCCGUUCCUCAUCCCCGCUGUCAAUGUCGACGGCACCGACACCUGCAUCGUUAAGACGGUGUGUAUGCUGCAGCUGCAGAACCCGUGUGGAGCCGGCACGUGUAUGGACGAUGGUGCGGGGGGCUAUAACUGCACGUGCCCUGCCAACUACACCUCCACCGCUCGCCCCGACGGCACCGCCACCUGCAUUCCGCCCCCACUCGCAGCAACCACAUACACCAUCCAGGCGGGCGACACAUGCGACACCAUCUGUGCCGCUAACAACAUCACCACCACUGACUUCCAAUCCAUGAAUGCGGCCAUUGACUGCAGCACCAACCUGACAGCGGGGGUGACUGUGAACGUCACGUCAGCAUCGGCUGUCAAGAUGUGCAUCAACUACUACACCAUGCAGCCGAACGACACGUGUGCAUCCAUAGCUACCAAGUUCAACCUCACCAGUCUCACCUCCAUCAAUCCCACCCUCGACUGCACCAACAUCACAGCCACCCAAGUGUGCGUUGAGAUGGGCCAGGCCCUUCCCCCAGCGUCAGUAUCAACAGUGUGCACCGAGUAUUACACGCUGAGCGCCACCGACACGUGUGCGAGCGUGCAGAGCGCGUACAGCCUCACGGCCACGGAGCUGUACCGGCUGAACCCCGGCCUCAACUGCAACAACCUCAUCGACUACUCUGACUCCUCGCUCUGUGUAGCGCAAGCCAAGUUCGGCGCCUCAUCAUGCAGCAAGCGCUACACGGUCAAGUCGGGCGACACGUGUGCGGCCAUAAUCUACAAGUACUUCCGCGGGAAGACCUCCUAUGUCAGCAAGCUCAACAGCGGCUUCGUCUGCACCUCCUCCACCCUUAAUGUCGGCCUCUCCCUCUGCGUCUACAACCUCUGA